UUCUUAUAAAAAUCAGUGAUAGCAAUGACUAUAAAAACAAGAACCAGAGUUUAACCCAUACCUUCUAUUCACUUCAAAUCAGACAAAACUCUCUCUAUAAAAACUCUUGAUCAGAGCGGUCUCCAUUUCCCAUGCAAUAAUAUCAAGCUCACAAGUCACAAACAUGGAAAGCUUGACCAAGACCUCUCUUUCUCUUUUCCUCUUCAUCCUCUUCCUAACGUUCUCAUUCCUCAUCCCUUCUCAAGCAUGCCCUGUUUGCCAAACAUCACCACCACCACCACCACCUCCAAAGAAAAUACCACCACCUCCACCACCCAAACCAGUUCCUUGCCCACCACCACCUAAACCAUCACCUCCUCCUCCUCCACCACCCAAACCAUCCCCACCACCUCCACCACCACCUACACCAUCACCACCACCUCCACCACCACCUAAACCAGUACCAUCACCACCACCACCUAAACCAAAACCAGUGCCAUGUCCACCACCACCCAAGUCUCCGGCAGGGACAUGCCCCAUUGACGUGCUGAAACUAGACGCAUGCGUCGACCUUUUGGGUGGGCUGAUCAACAUCGGCAUCGGGAAUGACACAAAGAAGACUUGCUGCCCUGUGCUAUCUGGGCUUGUAGAUUUGGAUGCAGCCAUCUGCUUGUGCACCACCAUUAAAGCUAAGCUUCUUAAUAUCAAUAUAUUGUUGCCUAUUGCUCUUCAGCUUCUUGUUGAUUGUGAAAAGCAUGCUCCUGAGGGUUUCCAGUGUCCUGCUUAGUUAUAAGCUUAUCUGCUACUCAACAUCAAUCACUUGUCCAUCUUCUUCUUCUUCUUCUUCUUUGCUUGUUUCCAGUUUCUUGUUGUUGUAUUGUAUAUAUACUUGUGUGUGCACUGUUGCUAGUGAGUUGGAGCUUUUCAAAACAUAAAGCUCUUCUCUUCGUAUUAUAAUUCCAAUAAGAAGCAGCAUUUAAUAUGUUGCUCUGUUUUUUAA